CGGGGCAGAGAAGCCGCGCGGCCGCCUUGGCAGGGAUUAAUUGGCGCGGGAGCUGCCUGAGGGUCCCGGACAGAAUUUGCGCGCCUCCCUCUUUUCCCGCCCUUGGAGCUGAGGAGGAGGAGGGCGAGGACUAUGGCAGCGCCGGUGGGGCAGCAGUGCAGCCGGACAGUUGCCCCCAUCGUGUCAGUCACUUUGUGGCUGCUCUACUCGGCUCCACAGGUUGGUGGAGACCAAAGCCAGGGGGCUGUUUUUCUUCGUGAAUUUACAUUAAUUCGGAGAGAGAGCCUCAGUGAAGAUUUUCUUUCGGAUUUGCUGAAUAACAAUCACAAAACUGAAGAUACGAGUUCUCGAACCGCUCGAUCCGAGGAGGACCGAGAUACCCUCUGGGACGCCUGGGGCUCAUGGAGCGAAUGUUCCCGCACGUGUGGGGGAGGCGCUUCUUACUCCCUGAGACGCUGUCUGAGCAGCAAGAGCUGUGAGGGACGAAAUAUCAGAUAUAGAACAUGCAGCAAUGUGGAUUGUCCUCCAGAAGCAGGUGAUUUCCGCACACAGCAGUGUUCGGCACACAAUGACGUCAAGUAUCAAGGGCAGUUUUACGAAUGGCUUCCUGUUUCAAAUGAUCCUGACAAUCCGUGCUCAUUGAAGUGCCAGGCCAAGGGGACAAGCCUUGUGGUGGAGCUGGCGCCCAAAGUCCUGGAUGGGACCCGAUGUUACACUGAAUCACUAGAUAUGUGCAUUAGCGGCGUGUGCCAGAUUGUUGGCUGUGAUCACCAGCUGGGAAGCACUGUGAAGGAAGAUAACUGUGGGGUCUGCAAUGGAGAUGGUUCCACCUGCCGGCUUGUUCGAGGCCAAUAUAAAUCUCAGCUCUUGGCAAAUAAAUUGGAUGACACCGUGGUUGCUAUUCCCUACGGAAGUCGGCAUGUUCGCCUUGUGCUGAAAGGCCCUGAUCACUUAUAUUUGGAAACCAAGACCCUGCAAGGUGUGAAGGGUGAAACCAGUCUCAGCUCCACAGGAUCCUUUCUUGUAGAUAAUUCUAGUGUUGACUUCCAGAAGUUUCCAGACAAAGAGAUACUUCGAAUGCCUGGCCCUCUCACUGCAGACUUCACUGUCAAGAUCCAUUAUGCUGGUGCUGCUGACAGUACAGUUCAGUUCAUUUUCUAUCAACCUAUUAUUCACCGAUGGAGAGAAACUGAUUUCUUUCCUUGUUCUGCUUCCUGUGGUGGAGGUUACCAGCUGACUUCUGCUGAGUGCUAUGAUCUGAGAAGCAACCGUGUGGUGGCUGAUCAAUAUUGCCACUACUACCCUGAAAAUGUCAAGCCAAAGCCCAAACUUCAGGAAUGCAACUUGGAUCCUUGCCCUGCGAGUGAUGGAUACAAGCAGAUCAUGCCCUAUGACCUCUACCAUCCUCUUCCUCGGUGGGAAAGCACUCCAUGGACUGCCUGCUCUUCCUCUUGUGGAGGAGGCAUCCAGAGCCGCACAGUCUCUUGUGUGGAGGAAGACAUCCAGGGGCUCGUCAGCUCUGUGGAAGAGUGGAAGUGCAUGUACACUCCCAAGAUGCCCAUUGUCCAGCCCUGCAACGUUUUUGAUUGUCCUAAGUGGUUGGCUCAGGAAUGGUCUCCGUGCACAGUGACGUGUGGCCAGGGCCUGAGGUACCGAGUGGUUCUAUGUAUUGAUUACCGAGGGAUGCACACUGGUGGCUGCAGCCCUAAAACAAAGCCUCACAUCAAAGAAGAAUGCAUCAUCCCGACUCCUUGCUACAAGCCCAAAGAAAAACUUCCUGUUGAAGCUAAACUGCCAUGGUACAAGCAAGCCCAGGAGCUGGAAGAAGGAACCGUGGUAUCAGAAGAGCCAACGUUCAUUCCUGAGGCCUGGUCUGCCUGCAGUGUGACCUGCGGGGUUGGCAUCCAAGUGCGUUUGGUGAAAUGCCAAGUGCUGCUGUCCUUCUCCCAGUCUGUGGCUGAUUUGCCCAUCGAUGAAUGUGAAGGGCCAAAGCCAGCAUCUGAACGAGCUUGUUAUGGUGGACCUUGCAAUGGGGACACCGGUGAAUAUAGUCCUGAAGAGAUCGAUCUUCUCUAUGGUGGCUCACAGGACUUUGAUGAACUCUAUGACUGGGAAUAUGAGGGCUUCACAGAAUGCUCUGAGUCUUGCGGAGGAGGUGUCCAGGAGGCAAUAGUGGCUUGCUUGAAUAAACAGACCAGAGAAUUUGCAGAUGAGAAUUUGUGUGUGAGCAGCCGGCGUCCACCACCGUUGCUGAAAAGCUGCAGCCUGGAACCUUGUCCCCCAAGGUGGGAGAUAGGAAAAUGGAGCUCUUGCAGCCUUACCUGUGGUGUUGGAUUACAGACGCGUGAUGUCUUCUGCUCUCACCUUCUCUCAAGGGAAACAAAUGAGACAGUGAUUCUGGCAAAUGAGCUAUGUCAUAGACCCAAGCCCACUAUGGUUCAAGCCUGCAACCGUUUUGACUGUCCCCCAUCCUGGUACCUUUCAGAAUGGCAACAGUGUUCCCAGACGUGCAGGGGUGGCAUCAAGAAACGGGAAGUGCUCUGCAAGCAGCGCAUGGCGGAUGGAAGUUUUCUGGAGCUUCCGGAAACAUUCUGUUCCACCUUGAGGCCAGCCUCCCAGCAAGCCUGCAAAAAUGAGGACUGCCUUCCGGAGUGGCUUCUUUCAGACUGGACACAGUGCUCAGUGAGUUGUGGUGAGGGUACCCAGACCAGAAAUGCUAUUUGCAGGAAGAUGCUAAGCACUGGACUUUCUGCGAUCAUCAACUCAUCGCUGUGUCCACCUUUGCCGUUCUCAUCAUUAGUAAAACCAUGCACACUAGCAUCCUGUGCAAGACACCAGAGACCAGCUCACAAGCAACCCCCUCUGAUCAUGGCUCAAAAGAAGGUUUUUAUCCAAACACGGAAGCAGAAAAAACUGCACUUUAUUGUUGGUGGGUAUGCCUACCUGCUUCCCAAAACCUCUGUCAUUCUUCGAUGCCCCGUUAGAAGGUUCCGGAAACCCAUGAUCACAUGGGAGAAGGAUGGCAAACGGCUCAUCAGCUCAGUUCACGUUACGGUUGCUCCAUAUGGAUAUAUGAAAAUCCAUCGUUUGAAGCCCUCGGAUACAGGUACAUAUACUUGCACAGCAGGGCCAGCUCAGGAACACUUUGUGAUUAAACUAAUAGGUGGGCACAACAAGCGUAUUGUCACCUUGUCGGCUGGAAUGAAAGAAGAAGAAACCAUGAAGAAGGGCAGUUUGAAUGAAGCCUUGCACACCCAGGAAAAGCAUCAGAAUGGAAUUCUCUUCAAUGGAAGCAAAACGGAGAAACGAGGACUUCUCACAAACCCUAGCAGUCGGUAUGAUUAUAUUGUCUCAAGGCUACUUGAGUACAGGGGCUGGCCUCGUGAAAAUACGGAGCCAUGGGAAGCUCAGGACUCCACGGAAAGAAAUAUCUCUUCUGAGGAAGACCAAGGCCAGGAGUUUACCCUUCCUUCCACCAUGGUUGCUAAUCAGGAUUGUUUGGAUGACAUCUUAAGAAAUUUGUCUCAACAGCCUGAGGAGCUUAAAGAUGUCUACAGCAAGCAGCUUGUUGCACAGUUGGCCCAUGAGAUUUUCAGGAGCCACCUGGAACAUCAGGAAUCUCUUUUCAAAACCCAAGGCAGUAGGGUCAGUUCUGCUUCGGUGGAGUUUCCAUUCAGCAAGCAUUUUUCUGAGUUCACCAGCUCCUUGAGGACAUCUUCAUCGGAAGCACACUUAUCUACAUCGUUGGAACUCAUAAAUGGUUCCCGUGGGCCACAUAAAAAGCCUGCCAUUCUCAAGAAGAUCUCCGCAGCACAGCAGCUGUCAGCCUCUGAAGUUGUCACCCAUCUAGGACAUACUGUAGUUUUAGCCAGUGGAACACUAAGUGUACUCCUUCAUUGCGAGGCUGUUGGAAACCCCAAACCUGCCAUUAGCUGGGCAAAGAAUGGAGAACCCGUUCAGUACAGUGAAAGGAUACUUCUUCAGCCAGACGAUUCCUUGCAAAUCCUGCAGCCAGUUGAAGCUGAUGUAGGUUUCUACACCUGCAAUGCAACAAAUGCUUUGGGAUCUGACUCUGUUUCCAUUGCCAUCACGUUAGCAGGGAAACCGCUGAUAAAGACAUCAAGAGCCACUGUAAUCAACAAGGAUGUGCCUACCAUCACGGUUGAUAUUGGAAGUGCAGUGAAAACGAUUCCAGGAGUAAACGUGACCAUUAGCUGCCAGGUUGCAGGUGUGCCUGAAGCAGAACUCACCUGGUUCAGGAAUAAAAUCAAGCUGGCUGCUGGACACGCCAUUCAUGACGGUUCCCUGCUGAUCGCAAACGUCUCUCACUCAGACCAGGGCUUGUACUCCUGCAGGGCGGCCAACAUCCGAGGAGAGGUGACAGAAAGCACACAGCUGCUGGUCUUUAAUCCACCACAACUGCCCCGCCAGCUGGAAGACAUGGCAGCCACUUUAUCCAUCACAGGUCCAGGUGUUCCUUCUGUCAUAGCAUCUCCUUCAGGAACAAAGAAACUGCUGAGCCCCGGGAUAUCGGUGCUUAUAGGCUGCCCAGUGGAUGGUCACCCAACCCCAAACAUCACCUGGUUUUAUGCUGGCCAGCCCAUUAGUAAGCCUCACCAUGUGCUGGCGUCUGGACAGGUCCUUCAGAUACUGAACAUCAGCAGUGAUUAUGAGGGCGAAAUCAGCUGCAUGGCUCAGAAUGAGGCAGGCCUGCUUGUCCAGAAAGCACAUCUGGUGAUCCAAGAUUAUUGGUGGUCAGUGGAUAAGAUGUCACCCUGUUCAGCCUCCUGUGGUAACAAGGGCCUACAAUAUCACCAGCUGAGAUGUUUGCUUGAUGGAACGCAAGUUAACAUGUCCCACUGCAUGGAAAAGCCCAAACCAGCUCUGAACCCUGUUGCUUGCAACAGAAGAGAUUGUCCCGCAAGGUGGAUGGUGACGUCGUGGUCCCAGUGUACACAGGGCUGUGGUGGAGGCAUCCAGACCCGGCGGGUGACGUGUCAGAAGCUGACAGCUGCGGGAAACUCCGUCCCCAUGCCCAAUGACGCGUGUGUUCAGGUGGCCAAGCGUCCAGUCGACACUCAGAGCUGCAACCGGCAGCUGUGUGUGGAGUGGGCAACCUCCACCUGGGGACAGUGCAAUGGGCCGUGCGUUGGAUCUCACCUGUCUGUGCAGCAUAGGCAGGUUUUCUGCCAGACCAGGGACGGGAUCUCUGUGCCUUCUGACCAGUGCAGUUCCCUUCCAAGGCCCCUAAGCACCCAGAACUGCUGGACAGACACGUGUGGGGUGCACUGGAGGGUCAGCCUGUGGACCCUGUGUACUGCGACCUGUGGCAACUACGGCUUCCAGUCCAGGCGGGUGGAGUGUAUCCGCGGCCGCACCAACAAGCCUGUGCAGGAGCACUUCUGCGCCUGGAGACCGAGGCCUGCCAACUGGCAGCGCUGCAACAUCACCCCGUGUGAAAAUGUGGAAUGCAGAGACACCACCAGGUACUGUGAGAAGGUGAAGCAGCUCAAGCUCUGCCAGCUCUCGCAGUUUAAAUCACGCUGCUGUGGGACGUGUGGAAAAGCAUGAAAGCGGCAGCAGAAGAACGACGGGGUGAAUUCGGCCCCCACCAGCCUUGCUCUGCGUGGUUGUUGAGAAGGGCUCCUUGAGAAAAGGAAAGUCGGAAUAGAAUCGCUUCAUCUUCUGGUUUAUUUAUUUAUUUUUCCUCUCUGCUUUGUUUUGUUUUCCUUGUUAAGAACCCCCUCCCCCGUAACUGAGUUGUGUUUAAAAAGAAAAAGGAAAAAAAAGACCUCGACAAGGUUUCCCUUCUGAUGAGGUCGGGAGACAGAAAUGCAG